CGAGAACUGGCCCACUCCACUCUACGGAAAGAAGAAUACUGGAUCCCCUUGUACCUGCUCCUGUGCUUCCGCCUCCAGGAACCUCCCCUUCCUUCGUCGACUCUCGCCGCCGCCGGUGCCCGGUGCUCCUAGACGAAGCUUCUGGGACCACGAAGCCAGGGUUUACCGGGGUCUGGGCCAGGGUUUGCGCACCGCAGCUAGCUGCUGCUGACAAACUCCCUACGGUACCGAAUCCUAGCGAAAGAUGGCGGCGAAGAAGCUAACGCUGCUGCAGACGGUGGCGGCUGCAGGAGUCUUCUCAGCCGUCUCCUGCUGGUACGGCUUCAUGUUUGGGAGGGAGUCUGCCAGGCGCGAGCUUGGUGGCAUCAUUGACGACCUCCGCAACAGCUCUUCGACUGGCUCUGCUGCGUCUCCUGACUCCCACACUCCAUCCAAACGCUAGUGUGAUCUACAAUGUCAAGAACAAAAAGGGUCAUCAUAAAUACGAGGUCAGCUAUUAGCAGAGUUUACCAAGUAGUGGCAUUGUCAAAUGAAGAUCUAAGCAACUAGUACACUUGUGUUUAGUACGUUUCCUUUUUGUGGCUAUUUUAAUGCAAAUGAAUUAUGCUACAGUUUGGUAUGGGUCAUCAAAACCUUUUCUUGCCAUGUAUAAAAAUGUUGUACAUGCUCUCUUCAGGUGUACCAGAAUUACCGAUGCAUUGUACUGCUGACCAUGAUCAGAUUUACACACCAUGAAAUUAAUGAACUCCUGGUUCUGCCAGUUUGAUCAUA